AUGGUUUCGUCCCAUUCCAGCCUAGACCUUCCACGGCUGCUGGUGCUGCUAGCACUCGCUUGGGGCUUUUGGAUUAUGAUAACUGCAGUCAAGCGUAUUUUUCAAAGUGUCAGGUCGCCCAUCCCAGGACCAAAUCUUGCCAAGUUUAGCAGCUUGUGGAUACAGUAUAAUAUAUUGAAAGACUCUGGCCGUGUUUGGGAAACUAUUCAUCGAUUACAUCAGAAAUACGGGCCUGUAGUCCGGGUAGCACCGAAUAGUGUAUCCGUUUGCCAUCCUGAUGCAUUGCGAACCAUCUACUAUGGCCCUCGUGGGCUGAAUGGGGGGAUUUUGCUAUCCACUCUUCGUCAAUAUAACUCCGAUAAUCUCGUGAGCACUCUAAACAGUGACCUUCAUUUUGCACGGCGAAAACAGGUUUCCAGUCUAUAUUCCGCACCUGUUGUCUCAGGGCCAGCCUAUCAAGAAAUCCUCAAGGUAUUCAUGAGUCAGUUCAUGGCAAUGAUUGAAGAGGAGGCCUCCAAUUCGCCAUCUAGAGUAGCCAAUGGGUUGGCGUGGGUAACAUGGUUAACAGCCGAUAUUAUGAUUCGCUUGGUGUACGGAAAUGAUCAUAACAUUAGGUUGCUAGCAGACAAGGAGUCCAGAGCUACCAUGGCUGAACUUAUACCUAAAACCAAUGCGGCCGAUGUCAUUGCACUUGAGGCUAUUGCAACUUUAUAUCCACGGAUAAUUUCACGAAUCAGCGGUUACUUCCCACCGAAAUCAACAAUGGCGGAUUUUGGGUUGCACCAGGUAGAGGCGGCUCUAUCAAGAUCAGCCCAAAAACAAGGUCCGGUUAGCUUAAAAUACCCUUCCAAUACACAUCUUGGACGUCUCGUGGAACUUUACGAGAGUAAAGGCCCCAGCGCCGAAAUACCGAAUAAAAGAUAUAUUGCUAGUGAUUGCCUUGACCAUUUCAUUGCUGGGACUCGAACGACUAAUGACCUUCUUGGUGCGGCACUUUGGCACCUUUCGCUCCCCGAAAAUAAGGGGUGUCAAGAAAGACUCCGUUCGGAGCUUCACGAGGCGGGUGUUAGGCCCGGAACACAUCCUGACCUCUCGAGUUUGCAGAAACUUCCUUAUUUAAAUUGCGUGCUCAAAGAGACUCUUCGCACAAACCCACCGAUUCCAAUACAGUUACCAAGAGUAGUAAAAGAUGGUGAAACCCUCACAGUCAUGGGCUUCAAGAUUGAAUCAGGGACCAAUAUCGCAUCCCAGUCAUACAGUCUCCAUCAAGAUCCAAAUUCCUACCUAGAACCUGAGACUUGGAAGCCAGAGAGGUGGGAAAUAUCCCCUACAUCCAAUGAAUACCGUCAGAUGCAGCGCUCGUUUUGGCCUUUUGGGUCUGGUGCGAGGAUGUGUACCGGGAUGAAUGUUGCUUGGGCAAUGAGUCGAUUGGUCAUCGCCAGAAUUUUCAGCACAUAUAGCACGUCGUUAGAUACGAUAUGGCUAGACGAGAACGGCGUAUUAUUACCUCCAGAGAAAAGGAAGGAUUUUUAUCCCUCGCUCCCUAACCAACCCCUUCGGUUUGAGGUUUGUAUCGACAAGUAG